AUGCCGAUGGAAAGUUCAUUGCCUCUAAUGCCAGCGAGCGCUUCAGAAAUGGGAGAAAAUAUCCCGGAGAGUUGCCCUUCCUGCAUGUUUCUAUGCCUGAAUUCAGACGCCCUGGAUACUAGCAUCGCUUUAGAAGCUGCCUGCAUAAAGUACAACAGCAGAAAUUUCACGGAAUUAUACAGAUUGUGCAGGAUUCUUCUGAAAAGUGUCACUUUUCGGGUUAUUCCUGGAAGGGUUUCUGCAGAAAUUUCAAACUCUGUCGAGAUAAUAAUGAAGGCCCUUCUUCUGCUCGACCUGAUGGAAAGGUACCGCAAAAGGCCAGAAGUCACAGCAGGAUUCACCAGGGUCAUGCAGGCAGAGGCCUUCAUUCAGCUGUGCACGGACACUUACAUCAAAACUCUGGCAGAGUCCGUGCAAAGCAAAGUCACAGCGUGGCUCUCUAAUUUGGGCCGAAUAGAAGCUGCAAACUUGCAGGCGUGCCUGGACUUUGAAAAGAGGAAGCUCUCCUAUCGGGUUUUGUGCGACCCUCUCACAGGACCUGUCAUAAAAAAUCACCUGGACCUUUUCCAGAAGAGACUCAGCAUUUUCAAGCGCGGGUGGUUUAGGCGUGCUUUUUUCCCCCCGUACGAGAAAGACUUUCUUUUCCAGAAGCACAAAGGCGUUUACAACAUAGACUGCGCUAUUGAAAAAAUACUUGUGAAAUUGCACAACAUCGACAGAAUUGCAACAGGAAAGUCUUCACUCAAAGAAAUUUCAGAACACUUUUCUUCGAUGGAGGUCCGUCUUAUUUUGACGGUGCAGAGAGACUGGGACUUUUUGAUGCAUCUGUUCACGGCGUACGAAAGCACCAUCCAGGAGGCAAGCGAAGAGAAGAACAAGUUUCUGGCAAAUUGUGGGCUUUCAGAGGGGGAGAGCGAUUCAAGCGCCUAUUUUAAGCGUAUUGAUGAAAUAUGUGCUUCAAACAAGGAGAACUACAGUGCUGUCUCUAAGCCUGUUUUUAAGUACGUAUGCAAUACAACGGAAGGGUUUAAGACGAUUGCUCGGGCUGAGAGGUCUACUCCAGACUCAAAACCCGCCAAGAUUCCGGGGAAAAGGCUGUCCCGCCUGCUUGGGACAGCAGCCACUGUUUUUACUGCUUCCUCCGUCUAUAUGCUGAACACCUCCUAG